ACCUUUAGUGUCCUGGGCGUUGUCAACGCAACAUCGCAGCAUGUUGGCGACGUGUCUGGCGGUGUCGGCCGUGUACCUGCUGCUGCCUGCUGCCGUGGGGGACCGCUGCGGGCACAACGUGGUGCCGCUGUCCGUAUUUGAGGGCAAACCCUGCCAGCUGCGCCUCACCAGGAGUGAGCUGAAUGUGAGUGACUCUGAACUGUGGGAUGUGGUGCAGCGUGGACUGAAGAGGGGGUCCAAGCUGGCAGAGAAGGUGAAGGACCAUGAGCGGUGGGUGUCCCAGCGCCUGCAUGUGCCACCGUCCACACCAGAGUACCACCACUACCUCACCAAUGAGGCCUCUGAUUCUGAGAAGCAACACGUGAUGGACACGCUAGAAGACCUUGCCAAUGUCACCGCAUUGGCCACCCUCCUGGUGCACAAGUUUAACAUAUCCCGAGACAAAGUGGGUGAUCUUCUCAUUGAUAUUCAGGUACCAGCAGAUCCAUCCCAUAUUCCACAAAGUCCAACUUGCAAUGUGUCUGCCAUCUACAGAACAUAUAAUGGGUCAUGUAACAACCUGCAGCAUCCAAUUUGGGGAAUGACUGAGACUGUUUACCCACGGCUUGUGAGCUCAAUUUUUCGUGAUGGUAUCAAUGCACCAAAGAAGUCAGUAACCGGCAAAGAGUUGCCAAAUCCCAGAAUUCUCAGACAGCACUUACUGCCCACUGGUGAUUUUGAUGAUGAAACAAAUACUCUGCUGGUAAUGCAGUAUGGGCAGCUAAUAGCACAUGAUACUGCACUUAGUUCUGACUGGCUUGGAUAUAAUGGGCUUGGGGUAGAAUGUUGCUCAUAUAAUGCAUCUCCUCUCCCAUGUAAGAACAUCAGCGUUGGUUGUUACCCAGCUAGGAUACCACACAAUGAUGAGUACUAUGCAGACAAAGGGGUGACAUGUAUGAGUGUUGCAAGAUCUAUGAAGACUUACACUUUUGGAGGUAUCUUAGGUCCAGCAGAGACAAUUAAUUCUGAAAAUCACCUUAUUGAUGCUUCUUUCACAUACGGCCCUAGCCAGCAGCGAGCAUAUGAAAUAAGAAAAUUUAAAGGUGGGAAGCUUAUUGAACAGGUCCUUCCUGAUGGUAGAAAGGUGUUGCCACAAGUGUCUAACUCAAUGGUAUCUUGUAGCCUGCCAUCAAACGGAACAUGCUUCAUCGCAGGUGAUGUGCGUGUGAACCAGAACACCCAACUGACGAUUCUACAAAAUUUGUAUUUACGAGAACACAACAGGGUGGCUGACAAGCUGUCUUCCAUGAACCCACACUGGGAUGACGAGAAGACGUACCAAGAGGCUCGCAGAAUUGUUGUGGCAGAACAUGAACACAUAACCUACACGGAAUUCAUUUCACAGAUUCUGCGUGAUGACCUAUUAGAGAAGUUCCAUAUAAAAUCAAAUCAAACUGGCUACAGCAACUGUUACAAGGAGGACUUGAAACCAGCUACACUUUCCGAGUUCACAGAGGCAGUUUACAGGAUGUUCCAUGGGAUCGCUCAGAGUGACUUGCUUAUGUACAAAGAUAUAGGAUGUCCAGUCGGAAAAAUAAAAAUAAACAGAUGGUUCGAUAAACCAGAAAUCCUCAUUCAAGGUAAUAACUUGGAUCAGCUGACCUUGGGCCUCACACAGCAGCCUGCCACAAAGGAUGACAAAUACACAGUCUAUGAGCUUAACAGGAACCUGUUCCAAGUUGAUGGGCCUUACGGCCAGGACCUGGACAUGUUUGACAUAAUAAGAGGGAGAGAUAAUGGCUUGGGACACUAUAAUGAUUAUCGAGAAUUAAUAGGCCUACCAAGAGCAACAAAAUUUGAAGACUUUGCUGAUCUUAUGUCAUAUGAGGAUGCCAUGGCCUUGGGACAGUAUUAUGCAGAUCCAGAUGACGUUGAGCUGAUGAUGGUGAUGCUGGAGAAAACCAGCCCAGACAAACUGACAGUGAGGCAGGCUAUUCUCGCAGAGCAGUUCUACCGCUGGAGAUGUGGAGACAGAUUCUUCUAUGAUUAUAGUGGAUCCCCUUACCCAUUCUCAGAAGAUCAGCUAAAUGAAAUUAAAAAGGUAACAAUGUCCAGGAUAAUUUGUGAUAACUCAGACAACAUAACCAGAAUACAGACCAACAGUUUCAAGAAAGUCAGUGACACGAACCCAGCAACAGACUGCACACUCAUUCCCCAGGUGGAUCUGAGCUACUGGAAAGAGGAACAAUGACUACAGUUCCAAAUAAAAUAACAUGACAUUAUUACACUAUCAUGUAAUUGCACUCUGUAAUAAAUGAAUGUUUAUAAACAGUGCAAUUCAA